AUGCAGCGGAGAGAAGGAGACUGGGAUUGCCCUAACUGCGGUGACAUGAACUUUGCUUCCAGGUCCAUAUGCCGGAAGUGUUCUUCUCCCAAAUCGGGCGGCGCGAUCGGUGGAGGAGGUGGAGACGAGGGCGGCGUGAUGUUGGGGAACGGCGGCGGGGCGGCUCCUGGGGGCGAGGAGGGGCACCAGCAUCAACAGCACCAGCCGCAUCCAACCAAGCCGGGUGACUGGUACUGCCCGAGCUGCCGAGAUCUGAACUUCGCAUCGCGAUCGGUGUGCCGCAAGUGCCAGACGCCCCACCCGGACCACUCGAACGCGCGACCGGGCGACUGGCUGUGCCGCAACUGCACCGAGCUCAACUUCGCCUCGCGCCUCAUGUGCCGCAAGUGCAACUCGCCGCACCCGCGCCCGGCGCCCCACCAGUUCUUCGGCAACAUGGGCAUGAACCCCAUGGCCGCCAUCGGCGGCAUGGGCCACGGCUUCCCCGGCUUCUUCGGCCUGCCGCAGCACCACCAUCACCACCACCAGGCCGGCGGGCCUCACUUUGGCGGCGGCGGCGGUGGCACCUCGUCGCACGCCAAGCCUGGCGACUGGUACUGCCUCAAGUGUAACGAACUCAACUUCGCCUCGCGCACCGCCUGCCGCAGCUGCCAGACGCCUUUCCAGACCAACCAGCCGCGCGUAGGCGUCAAGUCAGGCGACUGGCUCUGCUCCAAGUGCGCCGACCUCAACUUCGCCAGCCGCACCGCCUGCCGCAAGUGCGGCGUCCCACGGGAGGAGGCCGGCGCUGUCGACGCCCUGACCGGCACCGACGCUUCUGCUGUCGCUGCCGCUGCCGUCGGUGCCCCCGGCGGAGCCGACCUCGGCGAGAUCGCUGAGCAGUGA